UCUUAUUUUAUAUAGGUGAUUGUAUCCAACAAAAUUAUAUAACUUAGCAAUUCUCAAGCAGCAGGUAACUUAAAAAGUAAAUAAUUUAGCAAAUCAUGUAUUAUCAAAACAAUUCUCCAAGUUCAACUUCUAAUGAUCAUCAUACAACAGUCAUUGACCUCAGGAGUGAUACUUUCACAAAACCAACAAAAAGAAUGAGAGAAGCAAUGUGUAAUGCCGAAGUUGGAGAUGAUGUUUAUGAAGAAGAUCCAACUGUUAAAAAAUUAGAAAAAAAAGCUGCUGAGAUGGUUGGAAUGGAAGCUGCAAUAUUUGUAUCAUCCGGUACUAUGGGAAAUUUAAUUGCUAUUAUGAACCAUUGUGACGAGCGAGGCUGUGAGGCAUACUGUGGUGAAUUUGCUCAUUGUUUAUUACACGAACAAUGUGGUGCUGCUCAACUUGGUGGAGUAAAUCUACGACCAUUACGAAGUAAUGAGGAUGGCACGUUCGAUCUUGACGAACUUGAGUCUAAACUUCAUAGAGACAGAGAUCACGAACCCAUCUCGAAAUUAGUGCUUGUGGAGAAUACAUUAAAUGGAAUGAUUAUUCCACAACGUUGGAUUAAAGAAUUGGUGCAGUUUUGUGAAAAACAUGAUUUAAAAUUACAUAUGGAUGGAGCUAGAUUGUGGAAUGCAUCUGUAGAAUCUAACACAUCUGCAAAAGAGAUUGUUUCUGGUUUUGAUUCUGUAACCUUUUGUCUUAGCAAAGCUUUAGGCGCUCCUGUUGGUGCCCUUCUUUGUGGAAACAAAGAAUUUAUUAGCAAAGCAAGGAGAGUAAGAAAAGUGCUUGGUGGUGGUAUGAGACAAGUCGGUAUUCUUGCUGCAGCUGGAUUCAUAGCUCUUGAAAAUAUUCCAAAUUUAAAAGACGAUCAUCGAAGAGCUUACACUCUUGCUUCUUCGAUAAACGAAAUGCAAUCAAAACUAUUUUCAGUCGAUUUAAAUACUGUACAAACAAAUAUGGUUUUUGUUAAAGUUGAUUCCAAUGUUGUUCCCCCAACGACAUUUGCUAAUUGUUUGCGCGAAAUUGAUGACGAGCACGAUGAAGAGAGGAUUAUCAUAAAAUGUCUAGUUUUAAACAAAUCAUUCGUUAGAUUUGUAUUCUCCUUUGAAAUUACGGAUCAUCAAUUAGCGUUGGCUGUUACAAAAAUUAAACGUGUUAUAUCAAAGUUAGAUCCUAGCUUGUAAUUGUUAUUGUUUGUAUGUAUAAUAAUAAGUUAAUAUAAAUGAUGUUAUUCAAAUUCAUAAAA